UGUGGCUCUCCCGACCACUGCCACUAGAAAAUUAUCUGCUCAUGCUAUUGAGCAAAUUCUAUCCACACACUUCAUUCAGACCAACACAUGACCCAAAAACUCUUGGACAUGGCUUUAACUAAAACUCCAUAGCAACACUCUUUCAUCUGUUCUGAACUUCUGGUAGCUUCAACAAUGCCAUCGGCUGUGGUUGCAGGCUCUUCUUCUUCUUCUUGCUCUGCCACCUUCACCAGGAGCAACCCCAUCAAAACCCCUCCAACAUCAUCCACAAAACCAAUACUAUCUUCUCCAUUCCAGAGGACUGCUUUUCAAGGGCUAUCACUUCAAGAUGCCAAAAGGGGUUCCUCAGAAAUCUUCCUAGCUGAAAAGAAGAGUAGUUUCACCAAUGCAAGAAGAGGGCUUCAGAUUACUGCAAGAACAGCUGGAGCUUCAAAGAGUAUUGAGGUUGAAGUUGACAAGCCACUAGGCCUCACUUUGGGUCAAAAGAGUGGUGGUGGAGUGGUCAUCACAGCUGUAGAUGGAGGUGGGAAUGCAGCUAGAGCAGGAUUGAAAGCAGGGGAUCAAGUUCUGUACACUAGCAGUUUCUUUGGGGAUGAACUUUGGCCAGCUGAUAAGCUUGGAUUCACUAAAACUGCCAUCCAAGCAAAACCAGACUCAGUCUACUUUGUUGUUAGCAGAGGUGCAGAAGUAGAUGUUAAGAAACUAACAAAGCGUCCAGCUCCUCCUCGCUUCGGAAGGAAGCUGACUGAGGCUCAGAAGGCUAGAGCUACUCACAUAUGCCUCGACUGUGGAUACAUUUACACUGCUCAGAAACCUUUUGAUGAGCAGCCGGAUACAUAUGCAUGCCCACAAUGUAUAGCACCAAAAAAGAGGUUUGCAAGAUAUGAUGUGAAUACUGGGAGAGCAAUAGGAGGUGGUUUGCCUCCAAUUGGGGUCAUUAUUGGGCUGGUGGCUGGGCUAGGUGCAGUUGGUGCAUUGCUUGUCUAUGGUCUUCAAUGAGGCAGGCAGCAUGUGUUGUAUUAUUCUCUAAAAUUUUUAUUUUCUAUCCCAAUAUUCUGGGAUAUUUUGGUGUUCUGUGAAAUUAAUAUUCAUGUGUAAAUCCACAGGUUCCUAAUUUAAUGCCAGUCAAAAACAAUGUUUAGUGACCAAUAUGCUCUUUGUAAUCUUUCUCCUGAGAUUAUAAUCUGCAUCUAUAAUAAAAUUUUGAAAAAUUUACUAUUUAA